UAUUAUGUUAACAAAAAACAGAUUAUUCUUUCUGCUUCACAAAAAUACAAUAUUUGUAAAGAGAAAGCAACCAAUCCAAAUAUUAAAAAUAUAGAUCUUGCAAAUAAGUAUAAUAUUAGAAAGUCAACAAUAACAGAUAUUCUAAAAAAAAGUAAACAAUGGUUAGCUAUUACAACUGAAAAAGAAGAAGAAAUAAGAAAAUUUU